AGGCCCAAUUAUGUUCUGGAAGCUUCUGCUGAGUGUUUCCAUAAUUCUCCUCAUGGACAUAGGAGAAAGAGUGCUGACAAUUCAAUUGAUUAAACGUUGUAAUCUAUGUGACCACUAUGAUGGGUACAAAUGCCGCACUGGCAUGAAGUCAUGCUGGAAGUUAGACAUAUGGACACAUAACAGAACUUGUACCACAGAAUUCUAUUAUUUUAGUGACCGUUUCACGGGAUUAUACCUUUUUCGUUAUGCAAAAUUUAAUUGUAAACCCUGUGCACCUGGAAUGUAUCAAAUGUUCCAUGACCUCCUGAGAGAAACAUAUUGCUGUACUGAAAAGAACUUCUGUAAUGAUGGCACUGCUAACUCAGAUAUCUCACCAAUAAUUGUAGAAGAUAUGAGGGUAGUGAAAGAGUUGAAUGAUGACUAAAAUAAUGAGGAUUUAAAUACCACAUGCCCCUGUGUUUCUGACAUUUAUAAAACCCAGGCC